AUGUACACUAAAACCUCCUCUUUCUUUCUCCUCAGCUUGGCAGCCUCCAAAGAAGCUGAAGCAGCAGCACGAUCUGCCCCCAAACCCAUGUCUCCUUCUGAUUUCUUGGAUAAGUUGAUGGGGCGAACGUCAGGAUACGAUGCCAGGAUCAGGCCAAAUUUUAAAGGCCCACCAGUGAAUGUCAGCUGCAACAUUUUCAUCAACAGUUUUGGUUCGAUUGCAGAAACAACCAUGGAUUACAGGGUGAACAUCUUCCUGCGGCAGCAGUGGAACGACCCCCGGCUGGCCUACAAUGAAUACCCUGAUGACUCUCUAGACCUGGACCCCUCCAUGCUGGACUCCAUCUGGAAGCCUGACUUGUUCUUUGCUAAUGAGAAAGGGGCCCAUUUCCAUGAGAUUACCACAGACAACAAGCUUCUGAGGAUCUCCAGAAAUGGCAAUGUCCUCUACAGCAUCAGGAUCACACUGACUCUGGCCUGUCCCAUGGACCUGAAGAACUUCCCCAUGGAUGUACAGACGUGCAUCAUGCAGUUAGAAAGCUUUGGCUACACAAUGAAUGAUCUUAUAUUUGAGUGGCAAGAAAAAGGAGCAGUGCAAGUUGCUGAUGGGCUGACAUUGCCUCAGUUUAUCCUCAAAGAAGAAAAAGACUUGAGAUACUGCACAAAGCACUACAACACAGGCAAGUUCACCUGUAUAGAAGCUCGUUUCCACCUGGAGAGGCAGAUGGGCUAUUAUUUGAUCCAGAUGUACAUCCCCAGCCUCCUUAUUGUCAUUCUAUCCUGGAUCUCCUUCUGGAUCAAUAUGGAUGCUGCACCUGCUCGUGUUGGCCUGGGGAUCACCACAGUGCUCACUAUGACCACACAGAGCUCUGGGUCUCGAGCAUCACUGCCCAAGGUGUCCUAUGUGAAGGCCAUAGACAUCUGGAUGGCUGUGUGCUUGCUGUUUGUCUUCUCUGCACUCCUAGAGUACGCUGCUGUCAACUUCGUGUCUCGGCAGCACAAAGAGCUGCUCAGGUUCAGAAGGAAGAGGAGGCACCAUAAGAGUCCCAUGCUGAAUCUGUUUCAGGAGGAUGAAGCUGGCGAGGGCAGGUUCAACUUCACUGCCUACGGGAUGGGCCCAGCUUGCCUGCAGGCCAAGGACGGCAUCUCCGUCAAGGGCGCCAACAACAACAACACGGCCAACCCCGUCCCCCCGCCCUCCCGCUCCCCCGAGGAGAUGAGGAAGCUCUUCAUCCAGAGAGCCAAGAAGAUCGACAAGAUCUCCCGCAUCGGCUUCCCCAUGGCCUUCCUCAUCUUCAACAUUUUCUACUGGAUCAUCUACAAGAUCGUCCGCAGAGAGGAUGUGCACAACCAGUGA